AUGUCCCCACACACCUCCACAGUAAGCAGUCUGUACAGAUUCACCUCCUCCUCCUCCUCCUCUUCCUCCUCUCUCUCUUCCUCCUCCUCCUCUUCAUCCUCCUCAUUCUUCAUCCUCCAAUUCCUUCUCCUUCUCGUUCCACAUCUAUCUUCCUCCUCCCUCUCCUCUUCCUCCUCCCUCUCCUCCUCUUCCACCUCUUCCUCUUACUCCUCCUUCUCUUCCUCCUCUUCCUCCUCCCUCUCCUCCUCUUCCACCUCUUCCUCUUACUCCUCCUUCUCUUCCUCCUCUUCCUCCUCCCUCUCCUCCUCUUCCACCUCUUCCUCUUACUCCUCCUUCUCUUCCUCCUCUUCCUCCUCCCUCUCCUCCUCUUCCACCUCUUCCUCUUACUCCUCCUUCUCUUCCUCCUCUUCCUCCUCCCUCUCCUCCUCUUCCUCUUACUCCUCCUCCUCUUCCUCCUCUUCCUCUUACUCCUCCUUCUCUUCCUCCUCCCUCUCCUCCUCUUCCUCCUCUUCCUCUUACUCCUCCUUCUCUUCCUCCUCCCUCUCGUCCUCUUCCUCCUCUUCCUCUUACUCCUCCUUCUCUUCCUCCUCUUCCUCCUCCCUCUCGUCCUCUUCCUCCUCUUCCUCUUACUCCUCCUUCUCUUCCUCCUCUUCCUCCUCCCUCUCCUCCUCUUCCACCUCUUCCUCUUACUCCUCCUUCUCUUCCUCCUCUUCCUCCUCCCUCUCGUCCUCUUCCUCCUCUUCCUCUUACUCCUCCUUCUCUUCCUCCUCUUCCUCCUCCCUCUCGUCCUCUUCCUCCUCUUCCUCUUACUCCUCCUUCUCUUCCUCCUCUUCCUCUUCCUCGCACUACUUUCUGACAGCUGUUCCCUUCAUUGUCCCUGUGAAGCAUCUGUUAGCGUCUGUGGCAUCUGUGGAUCUGAGCCAUGGAUCAAACGAAGAGCCAACUUCCUCUUGCUCCUCCUCCUUCACCUCAGAGCAGUCUGUGGUCGUCCUCUUCAUCCGUCUGAACAACAACCACAGCCUCUCCAAAGGUCAGGGCUGCUCCGACACAGGAGGGUUUCUCUGCUUUUACUUCAACAAAGAAAAAUAA